GGUAACGGGCAGUCACGUGUACUUCUUAUUUUCGUGGGAGAUCCAAUCCAACAUCCAUAAGAAGACUCUGUACUCGCCAGGGUCUGUGCUGGAAUCAGCAGUAAUUAUCACAACUAGCCCUAGUACUUGCAGUUGCUAGCCCAGUCAUGGCUGAGGGAUCUCCUGUUCGUCGUCCCAAGCGUCGAAACGCAGUCAAACAAGGCAAGGUAGUCGAGAUAAAGGGCCACAAGUUUGUCCUCACCUACUUCAAACAGUUUACUUUCUGUGGACACUGCACUCGCUUUUUAUGGGGACUCACUGGCCCGCAAGGUUAUCGCUGCCUCUCUUGCGACUUCACCAUACACAGACGCUGUCUUGAAUAUGUCUCCUUUAUUUGUCCAGGAACUAGCUUACCUGCUGGACUGGAACCCCGUCCCCAUACUUUCAAAACGGCUUCCUUCUAUCAUCCAACAUUUUGUGCCCACUGUGGCUCAAUGAUAUACGGCCUGUUUAAUCAGGGGGUCCGGUGUUCCGACUGUGGCAUGACGGCUCACCACCGCUGCCAGGCCCUCGUCCCACGAGCCUGUGGGCAGGACACACAGGAAAAGAGAGGGAGGAUCAAGGUCGGGUUUUAUACCCAGAGAUCCACAGAGAAUAACUGGAGAAUUAAUAUUGAAAUCAUAGAGUGUCGUAAUCUUCCUCCGAUGGAUCCGAAUGGUUUAGCUGAUCCUUUUGUAAAGGUCUCGUUGCUUGACAGUGAUGGUAAAGACAAAUCCUCAAUGAAACAGAAAACAGAAAGAAGGGAGAAGACACUUGACCCCAAGUUCGAUGAAAGUUUCUUUUUUGAUGUGUCUGAGCAGGAUCUCAAUAACUUUGUCUAUGUUGCAGUAUGGGAUUGGGAUCGUAUCGGUAGCAACGACUUCAUUGGCGGAAUGGGUCUCAAAGUGAACGACAUUAUAACCGAAACGUGCGAGGGACAACGGAUCGAGAGCUGGUACAAACUCCUCGGUGACAACAUCAGUCGAAGGAAAAGUAUCAGGAUAAUAUCAGAUGAAGAAGCAGAGAAACUCAUAGAUGAGUAUAGGAAGACAACAAGAGCUAAUAAAGUGGCUACACUUAAAGCAGACAUUGAAGCACUGGACCUAAGACGUGGCUCGCAACUAGCACCUGGAUCUAAAGACUUGCCUAGGAUGACGCUGGAUGACUUUAAACUCCUUGUUGUACUGGGAAAAGGUUCCUUUGGAAAGGUGUUCUUGGCUGAGCACAAAGGCUCAAAGGAGACUUAUGCCAUUAAGAGUCUCAAGAAAGACCUCAUAGUUCAGGAGGACGACGUGGAGUGUACACUUAACGAGAGGAAAGUCCUGGCACUCCAGGGAAAGCCGCCUUUCCUUACUUCUCUUCACUCUUGCUUCCAGACUAAAGAGCAUCUCUUCUUUGUGAUGGAGUUUGUGAGUGGAGGGGACCUCAUGUUCCAUAUAUUAGAGUUUGGGAAAUUCCCUGAGAAUCAGACACGGUUUUAUGCUGCAGAGAUUGUCAUUGGUCUAAACUAUCUCCAUGAGAAGGGGAUAGUCUAUCGUGACCUCAAACUAGACAAUGUGAUGCUAGAUGCUGAUGGUCACAUUAAGAUUGCUGAUUUUGGUUUAUGUAAGGAUGGUAUUAAUGCUGACAAUAGGACGAGAACAUUCUGUGGGACACCAGACUACAUUGCACCAGAGAUCAUCAGUUAUCAACCGUACGAUCAAGCAGUCGACUGGUGGGCCUUGGGUGUUCUUAUUUUUGAGAUGCUGAUUGGGAGGCCUCCUUUUGAUGGUGAUGAUGAUGACCAGCUGUUUAAUAAUAUCAUGGAAAAACCAGUUCAUUAUCCUCGUGGAAUGUCUGAGAAUGCCAAAUCAGUUGUUCAAGGAUUUCUUACAAAACACCCUCGUCACAGACUAGGUUGUGAUCGUCACAAGAGUCCUGGUGACAUUAAAGGUCAUCCUUUCUUUGCAAGCAUUGACUGGGAGAAGCUUGAAGCCAAAGAACUCAAACCUCCUUACAAGCCGAGAAUAAAAAGUAACAAGUCUCAUAAUAAUUUUGAUAAGGAGUUCACAUCAGAGAAGUGCGUUCUCUCUCCGGUUGAUAAACACGUUAUAGAAGCUAUAGAUCCGGAAGCUUUUGACGGGUUUUCUUUCACAAAUCCAGAGCUCUACGUCCCGCAUUGAUUAGUAGUUAUUAGACUAUAGCGUCAAUAUAAAAUGAAUUAUUAUUAUUGUUAUUAUUAUUAUUAUCUUCUGUCUUUUUCCUCCCAAUUAAUGAAUGCAGUUUUAGUUUAAAAUUAUUACAUAAACUUAUAGUCCUUGUUAUCAUUGUUGUUAUUAUUGUUACAAUGUGUAUGUUCAUUUGAUUUUUAGAUUUUAUUAUUAUUAUUAAUUAUUGGUAUUAUCAAAUUUUUAGUGCCAUUUGUUUGUAGAAUCAUUAUUGUUUCAUUAAUUUUUUGAUUUUUUAUUGUAAAUUUUGAAGUGUUGUUGACUUAUACUAGUUAUUAUUAUUAUUGAUUAAUUAAUUA